UAGCUAUUUUGUGGAAAGUGCUUCCUCAUAGCAACUUGCUUAUAACUUUAUCAACCUUGUGACACACUUUUGACUUUGAUUUAACAUACAUAUAGCUGGUUUUUUCGUUGCUCUGACUUUUCUUCUCAAAUGUACAUACUUUGUCAAAAAUAGAUGAUAAGAACAAAUUGUUGUUCUCCUUAAGGAGGAGAAAGAGAAAGCCAAAACCACAAGAUGGAAGUACUUGUGAGCUUAUCUAACAAUAUUUUCGGGUAUUAGGCUUGAGAAGAGAUUUUAGUUUUAAAGUUUUGGUUGGAUGUUAAUGGAUUACUUCGAACGAACAAUCGUCUAAAAGAAAUGAACAAAUUCUAAGAUUUAUUAUUUUUUGCUUUAUUGGAGGAGACUUCAUUUAUAGACAGCAACCACCUCAAUUUAGGGUGCUAUUAUUUAUGUGACUUUUGAGACACUUGUUAGUUAGGUGGGCUUUCUGCUCGUAACCUCCUCUGGGCCUUUAUGAUUCUAUCGAUAGGUUUGAUCCCCUGAAUCGGCCCAGACAGAAGAUCCAUUAUUCAAUUAUUAUUAUCGCCCUCUUUUUUGGACCAACUCCCCCACCACAAAGCAUGGGGUUAAGAAAAUCACACGAGCUGAGCUGGACAUGCUGGCAAUUACUGUAAUUGUUAUUUUAUUGCUUACCAGACGUAAGAAAACAGAACAAAAGAAUAAACAAAGAACCCAGAAAACCAAAGGCACGAAACAAACAAACAAAACAAAAAUGGAGUACAGAAAGGGAGGAGGAGUUGGUUGAGGACAGCUGCCUUGUGCAUAUAAAUUGCAGGGUGCAGCGGCUGCGGAGAGCGAUCCAAGUGGAUUCGGAGAAAGAGAGAGAGAGAGAGGUAAAGAGCGAGAAGGCGCCGAGGCGAUAAACUAUACAUUACGCACGCGACGCUAGCGAACAAGCGAGAGUGAGCGAGUGUGCGAGAGCGAGAGGCUCUUCUUGCUUAUGAGAUCCUACAUAUCAGCAUCAAUCUUCUUCGCCACCUUUGUGUUUCUUUUGCUUGAUAUCCAAAUCCACAAAUUCGUCCUCACCACAGGUCAGUGAGCUUUCUUUCUCGCUUCGCUAGCUCUCUUUUAGAUUGUUUCUUGCUCUUCAUUCUGCACUGGGCUCGAUCUGCUCUGUUUUACGGAGGGGAAGUGCUCUGUUUUCUUGCACCCGACUUUUACUUUUCUGUGAAUCAGUAGGUAAAAUGAUUUUGGUAUUCUCUUUUCGCGACCCAUUAUGGGUCCAGCAUUGAUUCGAUGACCGAGAAGGGUUCCAUCUUGUUUCUUGGUAAUUCGGAAAUUGGAUUUUCUUACCGCCUUGUUUGGUUGCUGGGAAAAAAAGGGUAAACACCGCUUAUAUGGAUAAAAGCUAAUUAGAAUUUAGAAGACAGCCCUCUGUCAUGAAUGCAACUUGGAUGGAUCUGUUUUAUUUUUUCUUGCUUCCGGUGGUCCCUCAUCACAAAAAGUCUUUGAUUUUAAUCACCUUCUCCAUUUUUCUCAUACCCCCAAAGAUUUAAUUAUCCAUGACUGAUCAAGUUGUGGUACGGAAGGAGGAGAACUCUUUCUGGGCAAAAAAGUUUCUGAUUUUGACACUACCCUUUUGUGCUAUGAUCAAAAAGUUGCCAUAGGUUCAGCUGUUCGUUAGUUCAAUUCAUUUCAUUCGUUCGUUCCAAUUUUGUUUCAGUUCCUGGCCUCCGGGGAUCUGGUUUCUGAUUCGCUGUGGGUUUAGUGGGGAACGUUACAUCAGUAGGACAACAGGAUGGUUGAACUCGCAAUCACCCUGACGUUUUGACAGCUUGAUAUGUCUUGAUCUCUUGACAAUCCCACAAACCAUAUUUUAAUGCAUAUAUAUGCUCUAUUUAUUUAGUUUCUAUAAGCUACGGUUGAGAUUGUUUCCUCUAGCUAUUAGUGAUAAGCUAUGUUACUUUGACUUGAUUAACAUAUAGUGGACUUUUAUUUUUCGAGAUAAAUAAUGCUUGAGCCGAAUUUGCUUACGUAGGGUGUGCUGCUAUUAGGGAAAUUCAUUUAACUUCAGGGUUUUGGAGCCUUUGUGCAGUAUUUAUCUUCUUAGUUCUUGUGCUGAUGCUUGUGAAUAUCCUCCACACCUUACACAACAAAGCUGUCUUCUUUGUUAGACAAUUGUACAAGUUGAUGAGGAUGUGAAAAAUGGUAGCUUGGUCCAGUGAGAACUGUAGGCUUAAGUUGAUGUGGCCGGAUGGAGAUAACAAUUAUGUUUGCCAAUAGUUCAGGCAAGAUGACCAACCAUUAGUUGGCUUUCUUUUCUUAGAUUCCUUUUCUGGGUUUAAAUCAACAAUAUGACCAAAAGUCAUAAUCUGUCGAUUAUCUGAACCCUGUAGUAAACCAACCGACCCUUUGAGAUGGCUCCAUUGAUCUUAAUGACAAUUCACUUAAGUGGUGAUUGUGAGAUUGCCAAUUUGAAAGGCUGAGCCGUUUUCACGUGUUUAAUUUUCUUCUUUUGACUGUAGAUUGAACCCAUGUAAAUACUAUGCAUUAAAAAUGCAGGUUAUGGUGAGAUUUCUCUAUCUUGUAGGGGGGGGGGGGGGGGGGGGGGGGGUGGGGGGGGGGGAUUAAAUAUCCAUGAUCAAGUUGUGGUAGGGAAAACAGUUCUGAUCUUGACAUUGUCCUUUAAUCCAUGAUCAACUUGUCAUAGGUUCGGAUUUUCAUACCUUCAUUUGUUCGUUCGUUCCUAUCUUGUUUGUUUCCAUGUAUGCGGAUCUGGUUUCUGAUUCGCUAUUGAUUAAUUUAGUGCUAGCGUUUCAUCAGCAAAACCACAGGAUGAUUGACAAUCCAUAUUAUAAUCUCUGCUCUAUUAAUUUAGUCUCUAUGUCCUUAUAACCAACGGCCGAUAUUAUAGCUCUAGGAAUGACUGAUGGAACUUUGAUGUAAUUAACAUAUAGCUUAACUUUCACCUUCUGGACUUUUCUUUUCAAAAUAAAUAACUCAAUUUCAGCCAAAUCUGCUUACGUUGGUGUAUUGCUAGUAGAGGUAUUUCAUUAAGCAUUAAGAGGAUUUUGGAAGCUUGUGCAACAUUUUCUUCCUAGUUUUUGUACUGAUGCUUCUGAAUAUCCUCCGGAAUUUUUAUUUAAUGCAAGUUGCUGUGGAUGGUGCAAUGGUAGCUUUGGUCCAGUAAAACUGUGGUUUAAGUUGAUUGGCUGGAUGGAAUUAAUAAUUAUGGUUGCCAAUAGUUCAGGUCAGGCAGAACCAGCCAUUAGUUAGCUUCCUUUCUUGGAUUCCUUUUGGGCUUGGUUGUAUUAAAUGAAAGGCUGUGUUCUUGGUUUAAACAGGAGCAUGAAAAAUAUCCACAAAUGUCUCUGUAGUAAACCAAUCUAUCCAAGUGGUACUGUUAAGAUGUCCAAUUUUAAGGGUUUAGCCCCUUUCCCUUUCAUUCUUUUGGCUGUGGAUCGAGCCCCAUAAAACAGUAUUUACUUUGCUUUUGGAAAAAAGAAAGCGAGUGUCUUAAAGUAUACUGUAUAGUUACUGUGUUUUUCUCCCUGAUUUGCUGAAUCCAAGAUGAGCUGUUUUCAACCUUCAUCAUGCUGGAUUUCCUGUUGUGGAGUUCAAGGCCCAUUGUCCACUGAGACCCUUUUGCAUGAGCCUACUUUGAUGGGUUGCUUCCAGUCGAAGACGAAUAAAGACACACCCGGUUACGAAGAGCCCAUUAUUCUUGCCGCUGAAACACCUUUUACUGUAAGUGAAGUAGAGGCAUUGUAUCAGCUCUUCAAGAAGCUAAGCAGUUCGAUAAUUGAUGAUGGUCUGAUCCACAAGGAAGAGUUUCAGUUUGCACUCUUCAGGAACAGAAACAAAAGAAAUCUUUUUGCAGACAGGGUGUUUGAUUUAUUUGAUGUCAAGCGCAAUGGUGUAAUUGAGUUUGGAGAGUUUGUUCGAUCUCUUGGUGUUUUCCAUCCAGAUGCACCAGUUGAAGACAAGAUUUCUUUUGCUUUCAGGUUAUAUGAUCUCAGACAAACCGGCUUCAUCGAGCGAGAAGAGCUGAAGGAGAUGGUUUUAGCACUUCUGCAUGAAUCAAACCUGAUGCUAUCGGAUGAGGAAGUGGAAAUAAUCGUAGAUAAGACGUUUGAAGACGCCGACUCGAAAAGCGACGGUAGAAUAGACACAGAAGAAUGGAAGCAAUUUGUGAAGAAGAAUCCAUCUCUUAUAAAGAACAUGACAUUACCAUACUUAAAAGAUAUAACGUUGGCGUUUCCUAGCUUUAUACUAAGUUCUGAAGUUGAAGAUUCAGAUGUAUAGCCCUUAAAUCAGCCCCACACCGAGACGGUAAUGUUUAUGGCUAGUUUCCAUCAUCAGCACGCAGCACUCCUGGAUCGAAAGCAGUUAGUGGAGAUGACAAGAGAGUCUUGCACACCAAGAACUUGCUGUUUUGCUGUGUUCAUGGUGCAAAUGCCUCUAUUAUGAUUCAAGGUUGGGGGGUGAAAGAGGGUGCAAUACCAGUGUGUAAUUGUAAAUAUAGCAUGUUUUCUGGGGGAUAUUAGUGUUAUGUUCCACUUAUGGCAAUUUUGUUGUAUAGUAGCUGUGCCGAUAGUAUGAUAUUCCCUGAGUUGCUGAUGCUAUAUAUUUGUAGGUUUGCUUCUUGGUGUUACUUUGCUUCUUGCUGCAUCAAUCAUCCCAAUUUUUGGACUCAACCAAAAAGAUUGUUCUUACUGAAUGCUAUUCAUUUUCUGUUUUUCGUCCUUACGGCGAGACAUUUCUCAGAAUGCCAAACAUGAAUCUGGACUGUACAAUUUGUGCUCUGUAUGAUUCAAGCCUGGCUAGGAAGUCUCCCACAAUAAUGCAAGAGCUCUUUUCGUCGAAAGAAAUAGUACAACAAUUCUUUUUGUUAUCGUUCUUGAAAUUCGUUGUCUUCUCCAUGUAAACACCAUAUUGUAGAACUUUAAUUCAUAAAUAGUUAUGCAGAUUAGAUUCAUGAGCAAUAGUGACGAUAUUUAUGCUUCCAAUUAACAAAUUAUUAUCUUGACG